AUGAGCGAGCAAGAGCAGCAUCUCGCGCAGAUUCGCGAUAUCCACUCGGGCAUCGUGCGCAACUCGCCCAUCUAUGAGUUUGCGCUCAGCGGACUCACCGUCACCGAGGCCAGCGGGCCCGUCGUGCGCGCCGUGCUGCCGCUCACCGCCACACAGGUCAACUCCAAGGGCACGCUGCACGGCUCGGUGACGGCGACGAUCGUCGACUGGAUCGGCGGCCUCUGCGUCGCGUCCGCCAGUGCGGACCCCGCGAGCGCAAAGCGCGGCGUCAGCGUCGACAUUCACGUCUCGUACAUCGGCGGCGCCAAGGCGGGGCACGAGCUGCUGAUCGAGGGCAAGGCCGACAAGGUGGGCCGCACGCUGGCGUUCAUCAGCGUGGAGCUGCGCGUCAGAGAGCAGGGCGCGAGCGACCAGGGCAAGCUGGUUGCCAAGGGAAGCCACACCAAGUUUGUCGGCUAGACGUCACACACACAAGUCACCGCGCGGGAGCAAUGAGAGGAUGAAAGCCAAAUUGGCAUUAGGCGGCAAAGGCGCGGCAAGGCGCGAUGCGCUAGAGUAAAGAG